UUCUCUGAUAGUCUGCGCAUCCCUCAUCCUCGUUUCAGUCUCUGCGGUUUAAGGCUCGGGUUCGUCGUUUAUCGCGGAUAUUUGCGUUCUUUAACAUUUUAAAAUCGACACUACAGCAAACAGCAAUAUUGAAUACUAAAAAUAGAGCGUUGCUUUUCACGAACAUUUCGUGAAAUAACCGAAUUAAAUCCACCUGCGACACAAUCCAAAACGUGGAGACUGCGGGGGAGGUUUUUUUUCUUGCUUGCUUCUUGAUAGAAAAAAAAUAUAUAUAUAAAUAAACAAACAUGAAAACCAAAUUUAUCAACGGGGUUUCGUCUUCCCCUUCUAUGUCGCUGGGCCUCCUAGUGACCGCGAACGCUCUGCAUGUCCAGCCCGACACCCAGGAGGACUCCAGGGAGCUUGUCCGCCCCGAACAGCCGGACCUGGAGACCCGCCGCAAGGCUUAUUUGUGGUGCAGGGAGUUUCUGCACGGAGCCUGGAAAGGACUGGCCGAGGAGGACUUCGAGAUCACCAUCAUAAGAGGUGGUCUGAGCAACAAGCUCUUUUUGUGCAGCCUCCCCGACUCCCUAGGCUCGGUCGGGGACGAGCCGAGGAGCAUCCUGCUGCGCCUCUAUGGGGCCAUCCUGCAGAUGUCCUGUAAUAAAGGGGACUCCCGACAGUCAAACAAAGAGAAUCACUUCCAAGGAGCAGAGGCCAUGGUUCUGGAGAGCGUGAUGUUCGCCAUCCUGGCUGAGAGGGAACUGGGUCCGAAACUCUACGGCAUUUUCCCUCAGGGCCGCCUGGAGCAGUAUGUCCCCAGCCGUAAACUGGACACCUGUGAGCUAAGCGACCCCAGCAUCUCCACUGAGGUGGCACAGAAGAUGGCCAGGUUUCACGGGAUGAGGAUGCCCUUCAACAAGGAGCCAAAGUGGCUGUUUGGGACCAUGGAGAAGUACCUGAGCCAAGUCAUGAGGCUGAACUUCACCAGAGAGUCCCAUCUGCGCCGCUUCAACAGCAUGCUGGCCUACAACCUGCCACAGGAGAUGGGAACGCUAAAGUUCCUGCUGGAGUCCACACACUCCCCUGUUGUGUUCUGCCACAAUGACUGCCAAGAAGGAAACAUCCUGCUCCUGAAGGGCCGCCACAGCUCAGACAAACAGAAGCUGAUGCUAAUUGACUUUGAAUACAGCAGCUACAACUACAGAGGCUUUGACAUCGGCAACCAUUUCUGUGAGUGGAUGUAUGACUACACCUGCGAAGAGUUUCCCUUCUUCAAAGUUGAUACCCAGAACUACCCUUCAAAAGCCCAGCAGCUUCACUUCAUCGAGAGCUACCUGCGAGAGUCCGACCAGGGCUUUGACAACCUGAGCGAAGAGCACCAGAUGAAGCUGAAAGAGGAGCUGUAUGUGGAGGUCAACAGGUUCUCACUUGCAUCUCACUUCUUUUGGGGCUUGUGGUCCAUCAUCCAAGCGAGACUGUCAACCAUUGAGUUUGGAUACCUGGAGUACGCCCAGGCCAGGUUUGACGCCUACUUCCAGCAGAAGAUGAUCUGGGCCGCCUAAUGCAGCAGGUGACUGGGUGAUUAGACAACACAUUGAGCCAAAAUGUCAGCAGGAGGACACAAAGGCUGAGAAAAGAUUCAAAGAUCCACGCUUUACCUACUCUCCCCAUCUUUAAAGGGGAUUUUGCUGCCUCAUGUUGGUGUUUUGUUGACCAAAGCCAAAACUUAAUCCAAUGGCUAGGCUCUUGAGUUACACCUCCAAAUCAAUCGCAGCUCAAAGUUUACAAUGUAGCUACACAAAGGCCAACUGAAAAAGAAAAGGCACUGACUUCUACUAACCUUCUUUGCCGCUCAGAUGUCCUCUCUGCUUCUGCUGGACCAUACUGAUGGAUGAUGGAUGAUGGAUUUGAGUAGGUGAAUGGCAGAUUUGGGUUACUGCUAGAGCGGAAAUGUUAACAUUGCAUCAAUGUGUAUGUAUAGAACAUUCUCUGAUGGAGAUGCUCUAUGGGAAGGAACCAAAACGCAGACUACUCUGCCUAGUUUUGCUCACUGAGGCAGCCAGUUGCUAACUAUGUGUAUUAUAAUAUAUUAUAUAGCGUUCAAUGUGCCAGUAGCCUGUUAACUGAUGAUGGGCUGAAGGGGUUGGUGAAAUUGUGACUUGAUUUAUAGAUUUUUCUGUACACUUUUGCUGUGAUUUCCUUUUUUUUAUUUGGGUGUGUUUGUCAUUGUCAGACCAGAACUUUUUAAAGAUGUGAAUACCUUCCUCCAGAUGAUACUCGAAGGCAUAAAAUCGUCAGUGCUUAUGCCCGAGUCUUUGUGACAUCCUUACUAAUCAUACUCACAACUGGGCUUUAUAUUUUUUAAAGCAGAAGUAUGGAGUGUUUAAAGUGUUUUAUUUUAUUUAAGUGACCAAUAGAUACACAUCUCUGUACAAUUUACUGAGCCAAAUACCUUAGCAUGUUUUUAUGGACAUUGCUGCUAAACGCCACAUUGACAAUUGUAUACUAGAGACGGCUUUAGAUAGAGCGUUGCUUCUUUAUUUCUAAUAAUGGUUUCUUGGUGAUUGGUCACUCGUGUGUUGACACAAGUGCCUGGUACCACGCUGCCUCUGCAUUGUACUCUUCAUCCAGAGUAAUGACACUGGCAGUCGAGGCAUCAAAGCUAAUCUGUUUUGCACAAAUCACUAAAGUAAACGUCGUAAAUAAUUACUGUGACAAGGAGGUAGUUGAAAGAUUUCUACAAUUUAGAGACCUAGGUCAUGUUAAAAAUUCAAGCUUGUAUUAUAAUCUGUGUUUUCAGUCUUGGUAAAAAUCGUACUGCAUUUGAUAACAGAAAUGAAAACAGAAAAGGGCAAACGGUCUCUCAAGUUUACCUCAACUAUUAUGCUGUUGAGUAAUAGACAUGGAUCCAAAUGUUGAAACUGGAGAAAUAUAAUCACUGCACUAAAUCAACGGACGCCAAACACCAAUUAUAUAUGUAUUGCAGUUAAAUACAAUAUUUAGUCUCUUGUGUUUAGUAGUUUUUCAUACCUUCUGUUUAAUUUGCACACUGGGCCUCCCUUUAACGUGGUUCCUACAAUGCUGAAGUUUGUUUCCAUUCUUAAUUUCCGUAUUUUGUUUUUUAAUGGAUAAAAAAUGUGAUGUUUUAUUAAAAAAAAAUACUUAACAGGAUUUCUGUAUUACUUCAUGUCUAAAUGAAUUUUUUUACAUUUUUGAUUUGUCAUAUCAUAUUGUGAAAUUAGUAUUAUAGCCAUAAGUAUUUUUCUUUUUAAGUCAUCAAAAUCUGCAGACGUAUUAAAAAAUCAAAAUUGGACAUUUCAGCUAUUUUUUUUUGCAGUGCUUGAGUACAGAAUUUAAACUGGACUGUUUCCUAAACUCAGUCUACUUCAGAUUAAUCAGGGAAAGGGCUGAACAGCUACUUUUUAGUUUUUAUAAACUGAAUAAAUACAUCCAACAAUCCACAAAUUGUGCUUUGUAAAAUCAGGAAAACCCUCACCCCACUUUCCUAUUUAAAGCAGUUUUAACCUAUUUGACCAAAUUAAUAAAAACUUUAAUUUUCCUCAAGUUAAAGAUAACAGCUUUUUAAAUUGGACUAUUUAAUAAAGGAUAAAGGAAAAGCUAAUCAUAACAAAGAUAAUUAGCCUGAAUGUUGAGACACACUACAGCACUGUUUUUAUUCUGUUAUACCUCUAUACUAACAUAGAAUAUUUCCUAUGAAAAAUUAGCAUACUUUGUGAACAGUUCCUUAUUUGGCACAUGCUGACAGUUGCUAAUACUAGUCUAAAGUCCAAUCCCAUUAAUCCACCAUGCACGCUUUUAAAAUAAAUACAUCAAACUUGGUGUAUGCAAGAUUGAAACAUUUACUUCGUCUGUCAUUUUCUGCUUGGUUUCCGAUUUCUGCCCCAUUGUCAGACAAAACUAACUAAUCUACGCUGCAUACAUUUUGCCUUAUUCCUCUCCUUCAUCUGAUCAUAAGUGAAUACUUUGGUGGGCAUCAUGAAAAAUGCGAGCUAUAUAAAAGCUGCAGUGAUUGUAGUGAAAACCUUUGAGCACUGUGAAGCAUAACAGCAACUGAUCACUACACCUGGAGCUAAAAACUAGAUUCGAACGUCGAUUGA